AUGACCUCCUCCUCCUUCGAUGAGCUGCUCGCCGAGAUGCAUGCAAGGCUUGCACUGGGCGAGUCUUCCGCUCUAUCUUCCAUCUUUGGGCUCGACAUCGCCGUCCAAAUCACCUUCCGGAUCGCCCGGCACGCUUGGAAUCUUACGCCCGCCACUGCACGGCCCACUAUUGAUGUCUUCACAAAGUACUGCUGCAGCUCCACACAUGCGACGUCGAUCACCGACUAUGACGGGAAUUCAUACGGCCAUCUGAUGAGAUGCGUUCCCUUCCUGUCACAUCCGUUCAUUGAGUACUUCGAUGCCCCGACGUACGGUAUUGGAACGUCCGCGCCCUACAUCGUCGAUGCUGGCAUACCGGCCGGUUAUGCCGCUAUCCCUUCUACAUUGUUUGCACCGUAUGCGGAAGGAAACCCGCAGCGGCGCAGUCAAUCUACCCAGAAUCACGUACCGCCCUUGCCGAUCUGGUUCUUUGAACAUGAUCCCCGAGCCGACGACUACAGCUUCGGGCUUUCGAUCGAGAGGGCAUACAAGGGGAAUACGAACAUUCUUUACGGGCGUCGUGAACUCAACAUCCUCAAGCGCAAGACGUCGCUCAAGAUGAGGUUCAACUGGCCCCGUCACACUUCCUCUGAGAAGCAAAUCCGUGGAACUAAGAAGUCGCCCAUGCACAGCAUCGACCGCCUCGCUCAGCUUACUGCCGGCGCCGUCCGGAACUUCAUGAUUGACCAGAUGACCGCUUUCAAAGGCGAUCGCGAUGCUCACCCGUGGAGUAUCGGUACCGGUACCGGAGAAAUCGGUGUCCAGGAUGUGUUACUCUUAGGCGUUCUAUUUGUCUCUGAUGGUACUGCGAUGCCACUCCUUGCUUCGUGUCUGAAAGUUUAG